AACACUGGAGAAGAAAAGGAAGAGGGAAGAAUUAAAAACCUGCUGCUUCCAUGAACCGCAUCAGCCCCUCGGUUUAUAAAAAUAAAAGCGCGUUAUUGUGUCUGGCUCUGAGGAUUUAAAACCCUGAGCCAACGCUGGAUUAUGUAAUUGCUGUGGCCACCAAACCUCAGUCUGGCUACUAUCCCAGGAUUGCAUCAGGUUCUGUACACGAAAGAAUCAGCACCAGCCGAAGUCCGUGAUAUCACUCACCUCUACUGUACGGACGGUAACUGCUCAGAAGGUGGUGAAGAAAGCGGACAUGGUGGAUAAGAACAUGAGCGAUCAGAUGCGGGCAGAGAGAGACGCUCUGGCCCCCAGUAAAAGCCCCUUCGUCAUGCGGCUCUAUUACUCCCUGCAGACGGCCACCAAGGUUUAUUUGCUGUGUGAGGACAUGAAAACCAAGACAUCCACGGCUGGAGGGACGUCAGAGGUCUGUGUGAAGAAAGAGGAGACACUGGAGCUGAAAAUCUACAACCAUAGAGACGAUCUCGACAACCCACCUGAAGGUCUCUCUGUUAAAGUGGACGAUCCUGACAAUAAAGACUACCUCUACUGCGAAUUUUGCAAAUCCUUCUUCCUCAACAAAUGUGAGGUUCAUGGACCACCCCUCUUCAUCCCAGAUACUUCUGUUCCCAUGGGAGUCCCUGACCGAGCCAGACAAACUCUUCCUCCUAGACUAGAAAUCCAGAAGUCCAGUAUUCCUGAUGCAGGCCUGGGAGUGUUUAAUAAGGGGGAGACUGUUCCAGUAGGUGCACACUUCGGCCCCUGCCAGGGAGAGCUGGUAAACAGAGAGGAAGCCAAGAACAGUGGAGACUCCUCGGUUGUAUACAGAAGCAUGCAAUGUGAAGAAUACAUUGAUGCCAAAAGAGAGAUGCAUGUGAAUUGGAUGAGGUAUGUGAAUUGUGCCCGUAAUGAAGAAGAACAGAAUCUUGUGGCAUUUCGGUAUCGAGGGGGAAUUCUGUAUCGUUGCUGUCAACCCAUUAACCCAGGACAGGAGCUCUUGGUGUGGUAUGAAGAGGAGCACACCAAAGAACUCAGUCCUGCACCUACAGGAACAACCAGACAGCAAGAAGUAAAGAAGACUUUGCUGCAGGUCUUUUCCUGCUCCACAUGUCCUCGUUCCUAUGCAUCUCAAAUUUACCUUGACAAACACAUCCAAAGAUGCCACUAUGAAGAGUAUGUGAGACUGCAGGAAUCAGGAGAGAUUAAAUAUGAGCUUCAGAUCCCCUCCAAAUGCUCCAGUAGUCAGCCAACAUCAUCUGAUGCACUCAGUUUUGACACUUCUCAUAAUGAUAUACAGAAGGAAAUUCACCACUGCUCGGACUGUGGAAAGAGUUUUGGUCAUCAGAAUGUACUCAAGACACACCAGUGCAGUCACACAGGAGAGAAGCCGUAUCACUGCUCACAGUGUGGAAAGAGUUUUACUCAUCAGAGUCAUCUCCAAAAACACCAGCGCAUUCACACAGGAGAGAAGCCGCAUCACUGCUCACAGUGUGGAAAGAGUUUUAUUCGUCAGAGUGAUCUCCAAAAACACCAGCGCAUUCACACAGGAGAGAAGCCAUAUCACUGCUCACAGUGUGGGAAGAGUUUUACUCAGCAGAGUCAUCUCCAACGACACCAACGCAUUCACACAGGAGAGAAGCCGUAUCACUGCUCACAGUGUGGAAAGAGUUUUACUUGUCAGAGUGAUCUCCGACGACACCAGCGCAUUCACACAGGAGAGAAGCCGUAUCACUGCUCACAGUGUGGAAAGAGUUUUACUCGUCAGCGUGAUCUCCAAAAACACCAGCGCAUUCACUCAGGAGAGAAGCUGCAUCACUGCUCACAGUGUGGGAAGAGUUUUACUCAGCAGAGUGCUCUCCAAAAACACCAGCGCAUUCACUCAGGAGAGAAGCUGCAUCACUGCUCACAGUGUGGGAAGAGUUUUACUCAGCAGAGUGCUCUCCAACAACACCAGCGCAUUCACACAGGAGAGAAGCCGCAUCACUGCUCACAGUGUGGAAAGAGUUUUACUCGUCAGAGUGAUCUCCGAAAACACCAGCGCAUUCACUCAGGAGAGAAGCCGUAUCACUGCUCACAGUGUGGGAAGAGUUUUACUCAGCAGAGUCAUCUCCAACGACACCAGCGCAUUCACACAGGAGAGAAGCCGUAUCACUGCUCACAGUGUGGAAAGAGUUUUACUCAUCAGAGUGAUCUCCGACGACACCAGCGCAUUCACACAGGAGAGAAGCCGUAUCACUGCUCACAGUGUGGGAAGAGUUUUACUCAUCAGAGUGCUCUCCGACUACACCAGCACAUUCACACAGGAGAGAAGCUGCAUCACUGCUCACAGUGUGGGAAGAGUUUUACUUGUCAGAGUCAUCUCCAACAACACCAGCGCAUUCACACAGGAGAGAAGCCGUAUCACUGCUCACAGUGUGGAAAGAGUUUUACUCGUCAGAGUGAUCUACAAAAACACCAGCGCAUUCACACAGGAGAGAAGCCGUAUCACUGCUCACAGUGUGGGAAGAGUUUUACUCAGCAGAGUGCUCUCCAACAACACCAGCGCAUUCACACAGGAGAGAAGCCGUAUCACUGCUCACAGUGUGGGAAGAGUUUUACUCGUCAGAGUGCUCUCCAACAACACCAGCGCAUUCACACAGGAGAGAAGCCGUAUCACUGCUCACAGUGUGGAAAGAGUUUUACUUGUCAGAGUCAUCUCCGACUACACCAGCGCAUUCACACAGGAGAGAAGCCGCAUCACUGCUCACAGUGUGGGAAGAGUUUUACUCGUCAGAGUGAUCUCCAAAAACACCAGCGCAUUCACUCAGGAGAGAAGCCGUAUCACUGCUCACAGUGUGGGAAGAGUUUUACUCAGCAGAGUCAUCUCCAACGACACCAGCGCAUUCACACAGGAGAAAAGCUGCAUCACUGCUCACAGUGUGGAAAGAGUUUUACUCAUCAGAGUGAUCUCCGACUACACCAGCGCAUUCACACAGGAGAGAAGCCGCAUCACUGCUCACAGUGUGGGAAGAGUUUUACUAAACAGAGUCACUUCCAAACACACCAGCACAUUCACACAGGAGAGAAGCCGUAUCACUGCUCACAGUAUGGGAAGAGUUUUACUCAUCAGAGUGAUCUCCGACUACACCAGCGCAUUCACACAGGAGAGAAGCCGCAUCACUGCUCACAGUGUCGGAAGAGUUUUACUAAACAGAGUCACUUCCAAACACACCGGCGCAUUCACACAGGAGAGAAGCCGCAUCACUGCUCACAGUAUGGGAAGAGUUUUACUCAUCAGAGUCAUCUCCAACGACACCAACGCAUUCACACAGGAGAGAAGCCGUAUCACUUCUCACAGUGUGGGAAGAGUUUUACUCAUCAGAGUAAUCUCCAAACACACCAACGCAUUCACACAGGAGAGAAGCCGCAUCACUGUUCACAGUGUGGGAAGAGUUUUACUGAACAGGGUAAUCUCCAAACACACCAGCGCAUUCACACAGGAGAGAAGCCGUAUCACUGCUCACAGUGUGAGAAGAGUUUUACUCAUCAGAGUCAUCUCCAACGACACCAACGCAUUCACACAGGAGAGAAGCCGCAUCACUGCUCACAGUGUGGGAAGAGUUUUACUCAUCUGCGGACUCUCCAACGACACCAACGCAUUCACACAGGAGAGAAGCCGUAUCACUGCUCACAGUGUGGGAAGAGUUUUACUCAGCAGAGUGCUCUCCAAACACACCAGCGCAUUCACACAGGAGAGAAGCUGUUUCACUGCUCACAGUGUGGGAAGAGUUUUACUCAGCAGAGUCAUCUCCAACUACACCAGCGCAUUCACACAGGAGAGAAGCCGUAUCACUGCUCACAGUGUGGGAAGAGUUUUACUCAGCAGAGUGAUCGCCAAUGACACCAGCCCCUUCACUCAGGAGAGAAACUGCAUCACUGAUCAGUCUGGAAAGAUGUUUACUUAUU